UCUCCUCGGAACAAGAAUUUUGCCAUGUUUUCGCAUUUUUGCAGCACGGGAUUUUACUACAUAUUGCUAUUGAGAGUAUCGAUAAUGUUAUAAAAAGGCUUCAUCACGGUCAUAUAAUGAAUUCUAACGGCCGCUUGCACUCGAUCAAAUGUAAAAUUCUAUCCGAUAGCGAAAAUACUAGUGAAAUCGAGAAUAAAGUCUUAGAAUUUUCCUUGGAGGAUGAAAUAUAUAAAUUAAAAUUUACUUCCGAAGUAUACUCGACGUUUUUUAUGAGAUCGAAAUGGCCCAAUGGGAUCGAAUUAAAACACGUAACAAUGUCCAAAAAUGGAAGGAAGGGUCACGGAAUUGUUUUAAAAGGAAAAAUCAUGAAAAAUAAAAACAAAUCUUAUUCCCUGCAAAAAUCAAUUAAUAAAACAGAAAAUCUUUUGGUGGUUCCACUUACAUCGUUACAUUGUCAAGUAUCCGAAUUAACUGGUGGUAAAGGUUCCUCUCUCGGAGUUCUUACAGAAAUCGCUUCUGAGAAGAAAAAUGAUUAUGAUGGAUAA